AUGCAUUUGUCUUUUCAAAUUACAGUCGUGGAUUGUGGUAAUAUUCCGUUGACAUCAGAAAUGAUUACAUUUUACAAUUCAACCAUAUUUGGCAGCGACGUUAGGUAUGUUUGUCCGUCUGGUUAUACAAGAAUCAAUGGAAUGAAUACAGUUGUUUAUACGUGUGAAUCUUCUGGACAAUGGAAUUCAACUGAUAUGGAGGACUUGUUAUGUCCUCGAAGGUUCAAAACCUAUUACGGAUGUUUUGAUGUGUCGCUGUUUCAAGCAACCAACCAAAGUUUUGAUAUGGUAUUUGACUGUGUCAACUAUUGUAGGAAUAAUGAUUUUUCUUUUGGUGGUAUGAUGAUUGAUAAGUGCUAUUGUAAAGAUGACAUAGCCUUAAAAAUGGAACUUAAUAAUUCAAUAUGUGAUACACCUUGUAGUUCUGGACGAUUUAUUUGUGGUGGACAAGGAGUUGUAAGCACUCAUGUAACAUACGCUGGAUGUUAUAGGUUUGCGGAGGCCAUAACAUUAGAGUUUAAAGCUGAUGGAAACGUGUUGCAGUUAACCUGCGUGGAAACUUGCCGCGGGAUACGGAAAAAAUUGGCAAUUUAUAUAAAUGGCAGGUGUAGUUGUAAGGAUGGGUUCAAUUACCCUGUCGCCACAUGGAAUGGCUGUGCUACUGCUACGUUCAAUGAUACCAUUACAACAGUAGAUUCAGCUUUUAUUAUGACUGUUGCUAAAACAGGACCGAUAUACAGAGACUGCGAUGCUUUAUAUCAAGCUGGUAUUCGUCGUCAUGGUAUAUAUAUUUUACAAGAUGGAACUAAUGUUUCUUGUCAUUUUAAAGAUGGUACAAUUUGUCCAACCAGUUGGCUAGGUAACGGUGGUAAUUGUUAUUAUUUUGAUAUAACUAAAAGAUCACCAGGGGCAGCUCUACAAAACUGCUUGGAACAGAAUUCAUUCUUAUUAUCGAUAGAGUCUAAAGACGAAAAUGAUUUUAUAUCUGAGGCAUUGAACACAUUUUCUGAUUUUGAAGAAAACGAGUGGUUGAUGGGGCACUAUGGAAUAGGAGUUCAAUACCGAAUGUUUUCGGAUGGCAGCUUGACACUUUAUCACAACCAUGAUCCCAAAAUAUCAACCUUAGAUCGAAAUUGUACCGUUUUGCGGAAAAAAUCUGACGGAGAGGUUGCAUGGACUCCCAGAGAUUGUGGUGACUUACAUAAGAACUCCAUCUGCAAAAAGGCAGAAGAAUAUCUUGGUGUCUAUGCUAUCCCAAAUAAAACUGCAGAACUUAUAAACGUUGAUAUGGGUAUUAUGUUAUGUGUUGAGACUUGUCGAGUACGUAAUACUAGUUUAGCUCUGAUAUCCCAGUUGAAGUGUUGGUGUGAUGACAUCUUACCACCGACUACGGAUAAAACUGGUAGAGAAUAUUGCUAUCUUAAAGGACAACCCUGUGGUAGUGAAUUCACAGCUGACGUUUAUUCUGUCGAUGUAUACCCUUCCCUUGCAUUAUCUUGUAACGAUUUGUUCAAUCAGGGUAUAUUUUUAAGUGGACUUUAUAUGAUCAAUGGGACAUCCACUAACUGUCAAUUUAUUGAUAAUGAUAGUGGUGAUGAAUAUGAAGAUUGGGUUUAUGUACACGGCAAAAACUUUAGACUAAUACAUUCCAAAGUAAAACCUAGUCAAUAUGAUGAUACAUGUAAACUAUAUGGUGGAGUUCCAGCUACCUUAUCCACGUUGGAUCAGUAUCACACGAUGCUGCAACUUAUAAAGUUGGAUAAAUUGCUGGCCAAAUCCUGUGAAGAACUAGAAUUCAAUGGAGUGAAAGGUGGUACAUUCAAGUUAAUAUAUCCUGAUGGUACAACACGAAAACAGUUUUGUAAUGAUUCCUCAUGUCCACCAUCAUGGAUUACUGUUAAUGAUCACUGUUACAAGUUUAUCUCAGCUGAUGAUACUGGCGUAAAUUCUUGUCCUAGAAUGGUUGCGUAUGAUGCAGUUGUUGAUUCUGAUGCAGAAAUAGAAGACAUAAGUUCAGCCAUUGAGAAUAUUGAUUUUCUUAAGACAACACAAAAGAAUUGGAAAAUUGGUUUAUUUGAUUUCGCGGACAAUGGCUUUUAUCGUUGGUUUAAUGGCAGAUAUGUGGAAGAACGGUAUAGUGCACUUGAAUAUCUUGGUGUCUAUGCUAUCCCAAAUAAAACUGCAGAACUUAUAAACGUUGAUAUGGGUAUUAUGUUAUGUGUUGAGACUUGUCGAGUACGUAAUACUAGUUUAGCUCUGAUAUCCCAGUUGAAGUGUUGGUGUGAUGACAUCUUACCACCGACUACGGAUAAAACUGGUAGAGAAUAUUGCUAUCUUAAAGGACAACCCUGUGGUAGUGAAUUCACAGCUGACGUUUAUUCUGUCGAUGUAUACCCUUCCCUUGCAUUAUCUUGUAACGAUUUGUUCAAUCAGGGUAUAUUUUUAAGUGGACUUUAUAUGAUCAAUGGGACAUCCACUAACUGUCAAUUUAUUGAUAAUGAUAGUGGUGAUGAAUAUGAAGAUUGGGUUUAUGUACACGGCAAAAACUUUAGACUAAUACAUUCCAAAGUAAAACCUAGUCAAUAUGAUGAUACAUGUAAACUAUAUGGUGGAGUUCCAGCUACCUUAUCCACGUUGGAUCAGUAUCACACGAUGCUGCAACUUAUAAAGUUGAGUAAAUUGGGUUUAAACAAACUGAUAUUAGUAGGAUUAAGAGAUCAGUUUGCAAGAGGGCAGUUUUCAUGGGCUGACGGCUCUUUGUUUAGACAACUUCCGUGGCUAUUUUCUGUUUCAAACACAAAGAGUACAUAUGCUGCAAUUGAUAUCAACAAUGGUUACCUGACAAAUUCAAUAUCUGACAACACCAAAUAUGCAAUGUUAUGCAUGAAAGAGAAGGAUUAUAUUGGUUGUUUUGGAGAAGAAGAAAGUGUUUUGGAUAGCUAUAUAGUUUUAAGUAAUUAUAAGUCAAUGACAGUUAGUCAGUGUCAACAGUUGUGUUAUAAGAAAGAUGUUCUAGGAGAUGUUUAUAUAUUGGUCAAUGUUAAUAACUGCUAUUGUAUAUAUGAUGUUACUGUUAUCAAUGAACAGUUAACAUCCGUUAAUUCAACCUUCUGUGAUAUUCCCUGCCCUGGAAAUGAUUUACAAAAAUGUGGAUUUCUUGGUUAUGUUAGAGCUUACAUUUCAGAUAGAGUUAAAGCUGCUUCUACUUGUCUAGAGUUACAUGCUAAUGGUGUGAUGGUCAAGAACGAAUACACGAUGCACUUACAGAAUGGUACUCUUAUUCAGGAACAGUGCUCAUUUAGUGAAAAUUCUACUGGAUGCGACAUUGGGUGGAUUCGAUUUAACAACACAUGCUUUUGGCCGGAGCCUCAAUCAAAGUCACAUCAAAAAGAAGCAUCUAAGAUAUGUGUAUCGAAAAAUGGCUACCUUGCUACUGUUAGAGAUUCGGAUGACAUUGCCUUCUUCAGAACAUUAAUUGAAACUACUCCACCAUGGGAAAAUCUUACGUUGUGGCAUACUGGCAUAUCUGACGCUUUGAUAAAUGGAAAAUAUGUCUUACCAAAUGGUCUACAUUACAAUACAGAUGGUUUUGCUUGGCUUGAUUCUAAAACUGUGACCAAGAAUUGUGGAGCUCUUGAUACUUCUUCCGGGUAUUUGGAAUGGAUUGACUGCGAGGAAAGGUUGCCUUUUAUUUGUCAGAAAGAUGAGUACGUGAGAUGCGAAUUAAAUCAACAGUUAGCAACAUAUGUUACAGGAAUAGACAGCAACUUUAAUAUUCAACAAUGUGUAGAGAUAUGCCGAACAAUAAAUAAUACAGUCCGAAUUGGACUACGCGAUGAAACGUGUAAUUGUUACAACCAAGCUGUCUACUUCAACGAUAGAAGGGGAGUAUGUGACAAAUCCUGUCAAGUAUACAGCAACCAACCAUGUGGACCAAAAAUGAGUGAUUCUGAAACUGUCAUAGAAUUGGGUUUGUAUACGUCUUCUAGUAAAAACUGCAAUGAAUAAACAAUAAUUUUU